AUGGUGGAAACCUCCGAGCAAAUCCGGCCUCUAGCCCCCGCCUCCGAGCGCCCCACCAGCAGCGACGACGAAGCCGCCGCCGCCACCCCAGUAAACCACCGCAGGCGCCGCCUCCUCCGGUGCUGCGCCUGCGUGGGCGCCGUCCUCCUCAUCCAAGCCGUAGUAAUAGUAAUCCUAAUCUUCACCGUCUUCAAGGUGAAGGACCCCGUGAUCCGUCUCAACGGCGUCACGGUAGACCGCCUGGAUCUCAUCAACGGCACCACGACGCCGCAGCCGGGCAGCAACAUGACGCUGACCGCUGACGUGUCGGUGCGGAACCCGAACUACGCGUCGUUCAGGUACCCUGAAACGACGUCGUCUUUGUACUACAGGGGGACGGAGAUCGGGGAGGCGCGGGGGCCGGCGGGGAAGGCGAGGGCACGGCGGACGGCGAGGAUGAACGUGACGGUGGAGGUGAUAGCGGAUCGGGUGACGGGGCAGCCGGAGCUGGGAUCGGAUAUUAAUUCGGGGGUGCUGACGCUGGGGAGUUACACGGUGGUGGGAGGGAAGGUCAAGAUUUUGAUGGUGAAGAAGCAUGUCAGGGUUACUAUGAACUGCUCGUUGACCGUUAAUCUUACUAGCCAGGCUAUUCAGGAGCAGAAGUGUAAGCGUAAGGUCAAAUUGUAG